UGAAAAUAGGAGAUCUGGAGGUGGAGACUAAUAGUAACAACAAUGAAUUCAUAUUAGUAGCAGCAAAAGUUGACUUUGGUGGAAUCAGACAUUUCUGCUGCCUUUUCUUGAAUCUGUCAGGAGGUAUAAUGAGGAGAAAACGAGAACUCUACCUCUUAUGUCUUUUCCUGGUUCUGGCUGCUGCUCUACCAGACAAGGAUGACUGGGACAUUUACAGCUUUCACAUCAACUCUACUGUGACCAGUCGAUUUGCCACCACCGUCAUCACAAGUCGUGUGGCCAAUCGAAAGGAUGAAUCAAAGGAAAUUGAAUUUCAUGUCCAGAUUCCCAAGAAUGCCUUCAUCAGUAAAUUCAGAAUGUUUAUUGAUGGUCAGGUGUAUGAUGGAAUUGUGAAAACUAAGGAGCAGGCUCAGCAGCAGUACACUGAUGCUGUGUCCCGUGGCCAAAGUGCUGGGAUUGUCAGCUCUGUAGGGAGAACGAUGGAGGAAUUUAAAACUUCAGUAAAUGUGGCAGCCCACAAAAAGGUGACCUUUGAGCUCACCUAUGAGGAACUGCUGAAACGCACACAUGGCAUAUAUGAGAUGCAGGUCCAUGCUCGACCUAUGAAGCCUGUCAAAGACUUCAAGCUUGACGUUUACAUCUAUGAGAAAGCUGGAAUCAGUUUCGUUGAUGUGAAAGGAGGACUGAGCACCAAAGCCCUGGCUAAUGCCAUCACCAAAACACAGACAGAUGAACAGGCUUGGGUGCAUUUUUAUCCAACUGAAGACCAACAAAAAUCCUGUGAAUAUUGUGGUGAGGAUGGUAUGAAUGGAGAUCUGGUCAUUGUUUAUGAUGUUAAACGAGACACAGGACUUGGAGACAUCAAGUUGACUUCGGAUGGUUACUUUGUCCAUCACUUUGCUCCAUCUAAUCUUACCAGAAUACCAAAGAACGUUGUAUUUGUUAUUGAUCAAAGUGGCUCAAUGAACGGCAAGAAGAUGGAACAGACCCGAACAGCUUUACUGCAUAUUUUGAAUGACCUGGCAGAAAAUGACUUCUUUGGUCUUAUCACUUUUGACAGUGAAAUAUUUCACUGGAAACGAGAACUUGUUCAAGCCACAAGUGAAAAUUUGCACUUAGCCAAAGAAUUUGCACGUAAUAUUGUAGAUAGAGGAGCUACCGACAUUAACGGAGCAAUUUUGGAAGGAGCUCGCAUGCUGAAUGCACACCCCAGAGAAGGUUCAGCCUCCAUUCUUAUUCUACUCACAGAUGGAGACCCAACCUCAGGUGUGACAAAUCCUCAACGUAUACAAUCCAAUGUAAAGCAAGCAAUUGCAGGGAAGUUUCCUCUCUAUUGUCUUGGUUUUGGGUUUGAUGUCAACUUUGAAUUCUUGGAGAAAAUGUCACUCCAGAACAGCGGUCUGGCAAGAAGGAUUUACCAAGACUCUGAUGCUGAUUUACAGCUGAAGGGUUUCUAUGAAGAAGUGGCCACUCCUCUGCUAACAGAUGUGACAAUGAUAUAUAUAGGUGGAACCAAUUUAACCCAGACUAAUUUUAGUCAGUUUUAUAAUGGCUCUGAGAUUGUGGUGGCCGGGAAGAUCAUUGAUAACAAUAUUGAAACCUUCAUUCCACAAGUUGUUGCCAUUUCAUCUGAAAGAAAAGUGAACUUUUCAAAAACAACUGGCUCAAUGGAUUCUUCUAAUGGAACAGUUUCUGAUGGAGUUCUUCAGAGGGUCUGGGCAUACCUGACUGUUAAACAACUUCUAGAGAAAGAGCUGCUUCUUUCUGGAUCUGAGAAACAAAAGGUGAAGGAUGAAGCUUUGCAGCUGUCCCUGAAGUACAGCUUUGUGACUCCACUUACAUCCAUGGUGGUGACUAAGCCUGAAGGGGAGAACACACAAAUCCUUCACAAACCAAAGGAGGGGAAAGCACCACAACUUCACGGUCUUUCUCUACCUCCUGGUCCUCCAGGAUUUUCAUAUGCUGCAUCUCCUAGUCAUAUUGGAUAUGCAGGUUCUUCAAGUCCUAGAGGUAGAGGAUAUGCAGGUUCUUCAAGUCCUAGAGGUGGAGGAUAUGCAGGUUCUUCAAGGCCUAGAGGUGGAGGAUAUCGAAGUUUUCCGAGUCUUAGAGUUGGAGGACAUGGACAUUCUGGACUUGGUAGAGUACUAAAACCAGAUAUGGCUCACGCUCCACCUGUUCAUCCGACCUAUUCCUCUUCCCGCACCAGAGGUGGGAACUGGGCUAUGCCUCCUCCUCGUUUUGCUCCUCACAAAUUUCUGCUGAAAAUGGAAAAUCAGUCUCAACCACUUUGCUUUGAAAUCAACAAAACGUUCAUUCUUUUACUAUUUCACCAUCCAAGCAAAGAAGUGCGUGUGAUUGGUAUGCUGGACGCAAUAACACAUGGGGGCUUCAGGACUAUUUUAAUCCAAGCUGGCUCUGAGGAAAUGGUUGCGUUUAAUCACCUUGGAGUUCUAGAUCGACGUGAUGGGCCUUUUGCACAGCAAACAACAAAUGACAAUUUCACAACUGGAAGAAUUAAGGUGAUCCGACAACCGGACAAAGAAUUUCAUAUUACACUGGAAGACAUGCAUUUGGUCAUCUUUGUUCAUGAAAAAGAUGGUUACAAAUUCCUUUGGCCUGUCGUACACAGAAUGCCAAAUGCCAAUAACAUUGAAGGGAUUUUAGCAGCGUUAAGCAUAACUUCCUAUGUGGAGGUGGAAUCGACCCCCCUAACAAAAUUAAGAAUCAGAGACAGAGAGGUCUAUGUAAACAGCUCUAGUGCAGCCGAUUAUAGCAUUACCGAGCCUGUGGAUAUAUCAUGCUGGCUUACCCCAACCGACGAUGUCUUGGAGAAACCAUUGCGGCAUUACAUCCUGUACGAUUUUCAGUGAGGGUCACUUUGAAUGAUAAAAAUAAAAAUUCUAACUGAAAUGAUUAAUUUUGAAGGACAAAUGUAAUUGUUAUGUACCAUCAAAUAUCAAACAAAAUAAAAGACAUCCACUUGUAAAUGCAAUGUUAAGAUUUAAAUAUAACAAAAUUAAAA